AUGUGUGAAGAAGAUGAUGAAAAAGUAGUAGUGUUUGAAUGCGGUGCUUCAUUGGCUGCAAACGCUUUCCCGAAUUUCGAAGAAAUUCGUCGUGCCGGAAAACUUUGUGAUGUAGUGCUUACUGCUGGUUCUUUGAGAUUUAGUGCACAUCGAAUAGUUUUAGCUGCUGCAAUCCCUUACUUUCGAGCUAUGUUUAUGGCUGAUAUGAUUGAGACUCACCAGGAAGAAAUUCAUUUAAAGGAUUUCGAGCCGGAUACUUUGGAACAGCUUAUUGCAUUCUCAUAUACGGGAAGUGUGCGAAUAACUGCAGCUAACGUGCGCAGCAUGAUGUACGGAGCAAAUUUCUUGCAGCUGAACCAAAUCGUCGAUGAGUGUUGCAAAUAUUUAAAAUGUAGAUUGCAAGCCCAAAAUGUGCUUGGCAUUCGUUCUUUUGCUAUGACUCUCGGUUGUGUAUCACUCGUUCUUUCUACGGAUCACUUCCUUCACAAACAUUUCUUAUCAGUAUCACUGGGUGAUGAGUAUCUAGCUCUGCCAGUAGAUGAUGUUGUGACAAUUUUAACUAGAGAUGAACUGUUUGUUGAAAGUGAGGAGCAAAUUUUUGAUGCUGUCAUGAGGUGGAUUCAGUACGAUAUUGAAAGAAAACAGUACUUGCCGAGGGUACUUUCCUGUGUAAGGAUGCCGUUACUUAAACCGCAAUUUAUCGUUGACCAUGUUGCUUCGCAUCCAUUCAUACGAGAAUCCCUUGAAUGUCGUGAUCUAAUUGAUGAAGCAAAAGAUUAUCAUUUAUUACCAGAGCGAAGAAAAUAUUUUAAGAAAUUUAGGCAAAUUUUUGAAGAUCAUCCUCCACUAAGGAUGAUUGCUACCGUUUUGACAAAGCAAAGGUGCUGCUUUGAUGUUCCGGGUUCGAUCUUUGCCGUAGGUGGUUUAACAAACUCAGGCGAUUCUUUAUCCACUGUUGAGAUGUACGACUCAUUGACUGGUAAGUGGACAUCAGCACAACCAAUGAACUCAAUUCGCUCAAGGGUAGGUGUCGCUGUAAUGAAUCGAAUGCUUUAUGCUAUUGGAGGUUUCAAUGGUCAUGACCGACUGCGUACUGUUGAAGUCUUCGAUCCCGAUCAGAACAAAUGGAUGGAGGUAUGUUCACUUAUUAAUAAACGUUCUGCACUUGGAGCAGCUGCAGUAAACGAUUGCCUGUACGUUUGUGGUGGCUAUGAUGGUAUUAGUUCACUUGCUUCGGUAGAAGUAUAUAAUGCUUAUACGAAUCGUUGGUCAUUAACUACUCCAAUGAAUAAACGGAGAUCGGCUGCCGGUAUAGCAGUCAUUGAUAAUUAUAUUUAUGUAAUUGGAGGUCAUGAUGGGAUGUCAAUAUUCAAUUCUGUUGAACGUUUUAAUGUUGAUAGUGGUGAAUGGCAGAUGGUAAAAUCAAUGUGCAUCAAGCGAUGUCGUUUGGGAGCUACGGCUGUAAGAGGAAAAAUUUAUGUCUGUGGCGGUUAUGAUGGAUCUCAGUUUCUGAAAAGCGUCGAGGUAUAUGACCCAGAAAAAGAUGAAUGGCAACCGCUUUCAUCCAUGCAUUUAAAACGAAGCCGAGUAUCAUUGGUUUCAAAUGCCGGUACAUUAUAUGCUAUUGCAGGCUAUGAUGGUAUUUCCAAUCUGAGUUCCAUGGAGAUGUAUAAUAUAGAGGAAGACUGCUGGACACUGGCAACCAGUAUGGUAGCUCAUGAAGGUGGUGUCGGUAUUGGUGUGAUACCAUUCCAUUCGAGUAAAAUCCAAUAA